AUGACUACCAUGUCCUUCUCCUUUACAACAACACAAACAUGUCUGAUGACGAUCCGCUUCAACGAUGUCUUCCGCUGUCUUCCGCUUGUCUUCCGCACCGUCAAUGUCAAGUUGCGUGUCAUCGGCACACAGCCAGAGCCAGAUCGUCCUGGUCGUCCCAUCAUCGCGAUCGCCGGGGAGGUCAAUGAUAUGGCGACGAUUGUCGGUUGGAUCAGAGUAACGUCUGACAACCAGAUACAGUGGCAUUUUAAUUCAGGAGGACAUGGUGAUGCCAUUUGGAGGUGCGUCUCACCGUUCGGUCCUGCUUUCCGCCUGCGCACAACAAAGAUGAUGUUGAACACCUACAUUUGUGCGAUCUUAUAA